AUGCGAUCCAGCUCAGUGAUAGCGCCCAAGGGACUCGAGGAAGCAACGAAGCAGAAUUCCAGUCAUGGACUGAGUCGAUUUGAUGGUCUGCCAGUCUCACCUACCGAUACCACUACUCUUGCGGUGGUGCAGUCGCCGAACAGGGGUGGGUUUGGGGCAAUAGAUCGAUCACCACCUUCAUCUCCGCAUGGGCGUUCCUCUAGAAGUGGCCGAGGCGGCUCCUACAACAGCGGUAGUGCCGGAAGCGAUGGCAGUGGAGGAGGGGGUCUAGGACUCUCACCAUCAAGAGGUCUCCGGCGAGCCUUUACCUCCAUCGCAGGUCUGAUCAUCCAUGCCGCCUGCGAUGGAAUUGCCAUGGGAGCUAGCUCUGCCAGCAAAGACGAGGGACUGAAGUUAGUAGUCGUGGGAGCAAUCAUGAUUCACAAGGCGCCGGCAGCUUUUGGACUUUGCUCACUGCUACUGUCACAACGUCUGUCGCGGAGUGAUAUCAGACGAGCGAUGGGGAUCUUCAGUCUUGCGACCCCUUUGGGUGCUUUGACCACCUACCUGCUCCUCUCCGUCUUCUUCACAACAGAGCCCUCCUCGGCCUCAGCCCUCCUCACUCCAGACUCAACUUUCACAGCUACCCACGAAGGCGGCAGCGGCGGUGGUGGCAUUUCAGGCAAGCACGUAGGGACCGCCCUGACCUUUUCAGCCGGUUCCUUCCUAUUUGUCGCCCUAGACGCCGUGCAUGAGUUAGCGAGCCACAGUGCGGAUGUACACACGGUGCAUCUUCCCAUUGGCUCGGCUUCGGGCGCAGGCGUGACGCAAUCGGCCGCAGGGGAAGGAGGAGAGGGGAGUGAAGACGAGCUGGACGAGGGAGAUGAGCGACGCUCUGGCGUGCGGAUGACAAUUGCAGUGGAGAGACAGACGCUGGGUCGCGCGGGGCGCAUACUGGUGCUUCUGGUAGGAGCGAUCCUACCUAGAAGUCUGCAGAUGCUCUUUGGGCAUGGCCAUUGA